AUGGAGCGGAAACAGCUCCAGUGGUUGAUCCUGCAUAAAGAGGGGCAUAUUUCUGGCAGUCCCCUUAUUCUUCCAAUAUCCAUGUGGCAUCAGCAAUGGUUGCUUGCGACAUCCAUAUUUAAGCCAAGAUGCUCCGGCAUGUGGUCAGGCAAUGGAAUACCGAGACACACAUUUACCUGUUCAUGGGGAGAGUUUACUCCCACACUUGAGGAUGUAGCCAAUAUUUUCCACCUUCCACUUUGUGGCAGCCAAGAUGCUUUCCACAUUGUGUUGUCUCCGGAAGAUGAACUAAAGCAUGAGGCUUUACGGAAGGGUGCCCUGACUUCUCCUAGCGCUUCUCUGCGGUUUAGCAAUUGGAUACAGUUUUUCGGAGAUGCUAACAAGAAUGAGCCAUGUCGUCUUGCAACGCUUGCAUCGUUAUGGCUUGGGAGAUUUCUCUCCUCACGUGGCAGCGUGCUUCCUCUAGCCCCCAUGUUCUUGGGGCACCUAUACUGCUUGCUUGACCAAGUUCAGCUUCUUGAGAAAGGGUCGGCAUGA